AUGGGAGUUUGCCAGUAUCGUUUUUAUGGUAGCAAAUCUCAUAGAUAAAAUCACUCCAAGUUGUUAAUGAGCAAAUGGUAGAAGAGAAUUCUAAAACCAAAAUUAAUUUACUCCUCCAUAACCUAUUCCCUCUAUGAAUUGCAUCUCAAAGGAUAAGUUCAUUUCUUGCAAUAGUAUUUUUGUUUCAAAAACAAAAAGAGUAUUAAAGGGGAAACAUUGGCCAAGUGUUAAGCUGUUCUUAAAACCUAAAUUUUUAUAAAAGUAAUACUUUUAAUUAACAAUAGUUAAUCAUAAUAUGGAAUUGUACAACACAAUGUUACUGGAGUAGUGAAUUUAGCUAGAAAUAUUUAGAAACCAGCUGAACCAGACCAAGAUUUCGAUUAGCUUGUUGCUGAUAUGAAAAAAUCAAGAUUUAAAUACAAAAAAGAUAAAAAAAUAUUUUUAUGGAAGCUAAUAAUAUAUUAGAGAUAAAGAAUAUUAUUAUAAUUGGGAGGCAAUCUUCAUGAAAAAUGA